AUGUUAAAUAAUUUGGAUGAUGAAAUGACAAAUAUUGAAAGCAAAUAAAUAGAAGAAAGUAAUGAAAAUGUAAAUAUUAGUUUUAUGUUUGAUAAAAUCAGACAGAUUUUUAGAAGCAGUUGAAAAAUCUAAAAUAUUAAUUUCUUAAUCUAAUGAGCAAAUAGCAUAUAAUUUAUUAUGUAAGGUCAUGAUGAUUUUUUAGAAAGCAUUUUAGAAAAAUAAAAAUGUUUUGAGUAAAUAUUAGAAUUGUGUGAAUUAGCAAUUGAGAAAUAUAUUUCUAAAAAUCAAUUUUUUAAAUUAAAAGGUAAGAAUAUUAAUGUAUAAUUCAUAGCAAAAGCAUUAUUAUAAUUCAAAAAAGCAAAUGAGUCUUUGGAACUUUGUAAUUAAAUUAUUUCCAACCAUCCAUAAGAAUUAGAUUUAUAUAUUUUAAAAUGUAACUAUAUAAUCAAUUUAAUCAGCAAAUGCUUUAAAAUAACUUGAUAGAUAAGAAUAAAUCAUAUAAAUGUGGGUGUAAUUUGUUUAGUAAUUUUGUGAAGUUGUUGAAGGAUAUGAUUAUCUAAGUUAUUUAUUUUAUGAUUCAUUUAGUUAAAGCAUUAGAGAUAAAUCAAAAUUAUAAUGAGAUAAUUUCUGUUUGUGAUAAGGCUAUAUAAUAGUUUCCUAAUUAAAUCCUAUUUUUACAAAAAAAAGGUUUGAAAUUUAACAAAAUUAUUAGGUGAAAUUUUACAUAAAUAGAAAUCAUAUCUUUAAGCCAUUGAAAUUUGGGAUGAAUUAAUUUAGAAAUAAAAUAAAGAAGUUGAAUAUUAUAAAAUGAAAAGUUUAAAAUAACAAUUUAAUCUUAGUAAAAACAUUAAUAAAAUACAAGAAGAAAAUAUCAAAAUAAUUUGAAAAUAAUAAUAAAGAAGAAGGUAUUUAUAAAUAAUUAAUAAUGAAGACUUGAUUAAUGAAUAAAUUAAAACAUGUUAUUCCUAAUUACUAUAAGAAAAUGAAGAUGAAAACUUAGAAAUUGAUAGAAGUAUUUUGAUAAGUGAUAUUUUUAGUACAAUUCUUAAUUGAUAUUAAUCAAAAAUAAGAAGCUACCAUUUUUUUAGAUAAUCUGAUUAAAAAGUAUCCUAAAAAUAUAGAAGGAUAUUAUUUUAAAUGUAUCAAAGAAUUUAUUUAGCAAAAAUCUUAUAUGACGAGAAAAAAUUUGAAUAGAUUAUAGAGUUAUACGAUUAAGCCAUCUCUUAUCAACCUGAAAAUAUAUAAUUAUAUGAGAAUAAGGGUAAUUUUAUAUUUUUAUAUCUUUAUAUGUUUAGCUAGACAAUUAGAAAAAUAAGAAAGAUGGGUCGAUGCUUUAAAAUGCAUUAAUCAAGCUUUAUCAAUGUCUCCUGAAUCUCUGCAUUAUUAUUUAUAAAAAUGUACAAAUAUAAAUAUUAAUUUUAGUUAAAUCUUUAUAAAAACUGAAUCUUAUUAAGACAGCUAGGUAAUGUAUUAGAAUGAUUCCAAAUAUUUAUUAUGACACAGACCAAGAAAUGGAACAAUGUGAUUUUUGA